AUGGCUAGUCGACGUGAGGAUGUUCUUAAGUAUAAUGUGCCUUAUCUUGUAGCAGAAGAAGGCAGAUUGACGAGCUGCUUAUCAUUUCUCUAUGGAGUCAAAAAUCUAUCUAAAAAAAAAGACAUGCAUGGCAAAGGUCAUGAUGACCGUCUAUUAUUGAAUGCUCUAUCACAUGAAGCUGAAUUAGUUGGUGUUCGAAAAAUGAUUGCAGGUAUUAGUGAUUUAGGAAAUGAGAGAUCAAUUAGUUUACAUCGUAGUGCUGAAUUUACUCAUGUUGGUAUAUUAAGAACUUGUGGAUGGAAAUUUAAUCGAUAG